UUCAUUAUGAACUAGUAUCUCGUACAAGACUUGCUGUGGCAUUAUAUCAGAAAUGUGAGGUGCCUAUCUAAUUCCACUUGUGCUCUUCAUUCCCAUUCUUCUCUAUUCUCCUUCUAAAACCCUAAGCUUAUGCGCCUCACUCCCUCCCAGAUCUGUGGCGCCUCCCUCCUCCCUCCACCCUCCUCCCUCCUUCCUCAGACCUAGAUCUCCGUUUUCGUCUCCUUUAUCACAUCUCAAAGUAAGGCUAAAGAUUGGAAGCUAUUGAUGCCGGUAGAUUUGGAUUCUUCUUUGAAGAUUAAUCACGGGAUCAGACUCCAUCGAGACCCCCAUUUACUUAUUUCUUAUUAUUUUUUUAAUUUCUCGGUUGUUGAGUUUAGAGAGAAAAACUAAACGAAAAGAGAACAAUUGAUUUCUCAUCUUCUCUUUCUAGAGAAAUCGAGUUGAAAAGGAAUAAGAGUAGAUUAUUUAUUUAUUAUUUUUUGUUUUUUCAUCUCAUCUCUAAAAAAGAAAAAGAGUAGUUUCUUUUUCGCCGUUGAGUGUGUAUAAUGUGUAGUGAGUAGUCUUAAUCUUGUAUAUUUAAAGGUGUGCAAAAAUACAUAAAGAGACUACGCCUUUUCUAAUCUCUCUCUGCCUCCUCUCCAUUUUCUCUCUAUUCCAUCACCAUUCACCACCAGCCUCAACUAGUAUUUGGCCGCUGCCACCAUCUUAUACUCUUUUCAUAUAAAAAAAUCAUGUCAGGACUCUUUAAUCCUAACUUUUCACCAGCUAGAGAUCCUUCUCCCCAAAUUAGAACAGCCACCGCCUCUGAAGAAAGUCAGUACUUGACGGAAUUGUUGGCUGAGCAUCAGAAAUUGGGUCCUUUUAUGCAAGUUCUUCCUAUUUGCAGCCGCCUCUUAAAUCAAGAGAUACUUAGAGUUUCUGGUAUGUUGCCUAGCCAAGGGUUUGGUGACUUUGAUAGACGUCAACAUAGGAGCCCAAGUCCAAUGGCAUCUGCGAAUAUAGUUUCCAAUAUCCAUGGAGGUGGAUAUGGUGUAUGGAAUGGCCUACAUCAGGAGAGAUUGAGUGGCCCACUUGGAAUGUCAAUGGACUGGCAAGGGGCACCUGCAAGCCCUAGUUCGUAUACUCUGAAAAGAGUAAUGCGUUUGGAUAUACCAGUAGAUUCAUAUCCUAAUUUUAAUUUUGUUGGUCGACUUUUGGGACCUAGAGGUAAUUCUUUGAAACGAGUUGAAGCUUCAACUGGCUGCCGUGUGUACAUUAGGGGGAAGGGAUCAAUAAAGGAUCCAGACAAGGAAGAGAAGCUUCGAGGAAGACCUGGCUAUGAACAUCUCAAUGAGCCACUUCACAUAUUGAUUGAGGCUGAUAUGGCUCCUAAUAUUGUUGAGAUCAAGUUGCGUCAGGCUCAAGAAAUAUUAGAAGAAUUGCUAAAGCCAGUGGAUGAAUCACAAGACAUAUACAAAAGGCAACAGCUUAGGGAGCUUGCGUUGUUGAACUCGAAUUUUAGAGAAGAUAGUCCAGGUCCAAGUGGAAGUGUGUCUCCUUUUAAUACUAGUGGGAUGAAGCGCGCAAAAACAGGACGUUGAAGAAUAAUAUUAUCUUGUGGUAUGAGUCAUGGAGCUGCCUUUGCUAUGGGCUAUGCCUAUACGUCACAUCAAAGGUUCACGUCCCAAAAGUGUCAAGACUAUCGAGUGAGCACAACAGCUGUAUAUAGGACAACAGUUGUUGGUGGUGAGUUGAUUGGCUGGGUCAUUUCCCGUUGUUUUUCCUCCCUUAUUCUAGUUGUAUUAUCUUGGUGUUUACUUUUCUUUUAUCCUAAUCUCUUAAUCUAAACUGUUUGUCAAGGGUACAAGGAAGAACAAAGAUACUAGUAUUAAAAAAAAAACAGAACAAGAAACAGGGACAAGUCAUAAGUGUUUUUGGGUUAAGUUUUCUUUUUUCAUCUUCAUUUUGAGCAUUUUGUCAGGUUCUUGUAAGUUGUAAGGUAUUAUAUUCAUUGAAUUCAUUCAUGUGCUAGAAAAAUGUGAACAGUAAAUAUAAGUAUGAAUGUUGUUAGUUAAUAGUACCACUAGGAGAAGUGUUUUUGGGAGUGGAA